AUGGGUUUGCGCCGGCCGCUGGUGCUGCAAACUGCAUGCCUUUUGUUGCUUCACCUGCAGUGCUCAACGUUCAGCACCUUUGACUGCAGUCUGGGCGAAUCAACAGUAUUUGCACUUCGAGAUGACGGCGCAGGCGUCUAUGAUAUUGCAGGCCUUCUUCCAAAUGCAACAUGGCAACGGCUUUUUCAACUGGAUGUGGGAGCUGGACGCGUGAAUGCCUGCGAGGUAAAUCCCCAAGACUCUAUACUGUACUGCCUUAUCUCGUACAGUGACGGCGUAUUCGUAGCACGUGCUGCUGAGAAUCAGACUGAGUUCGUCGCGCGCCUGCCAAACGGCACGAGUGUCCGAUCGGUCGCGUUUCGAAGCGACGGCACUCUCUAUGUUGCAGGCGACACCACCAUCAGCUCUCUAGAAGGCCUGGCGUUGAUUUCGGAGCCGGUGACGGACCGGACUUGGUCUGCCAACGUUUCACAUGGCAUCCCGCCCAUGGAGGUCGGUGGCAUCGUUGUAUACAUGGAAGACGCUUCUACUUACGUCGCGAGCAUGGUGCCUUCGGGAUUGUUGCGCUGGCACGAGGGCUCGGGAUUCCAGUCCUUCACGGUUUCAGGAGCUCCGGUUGGCACCUACAGGAUGGCUUGGCAAUUUGGCUCCAGGCUUCUCUUUGCCACCGAGAGUGCAAUGGUUGAAGUCUUUCUAGACUCUCUGGAUUUCACUGCUAUGACGGUGCUGGCCCGAGGCGUGUUAGCUUUGGACUUCCAAAAUCUGCUAGGUGGUAUUAGCUGCUCCUCCGUGCCGCCAUCCUUACCUUACAGCUGUAGCGCUGUGCCGAAUGCAGGUCUGCUGCCUGAAUCAGCCCUACAGGAUUGUGGCAUGGACUCUCUAAACGGCUCCACGUGUCCGUUCAACUGCACCAAUGGCCUCUCGCAGACUGGGCAGUUGACAUGCGUGAAUGGAUCUUGGCUCGUGGACGGGGCCGAUCCCCCUCGUUGUAUUCCUCCUUGUCAGAAUAUACCGGGCGAAGAAGAUGCUAGAACACGUGCGACUCUCAUCGGCUAUGAGUUUGGCUACUGGGCAUCGCCGACUGUGUCAACCACAAGCACAACCACUACGCUUCCAUGCGACCGGAAUCAGGCGCAGACGUGCCUGGAGACGGUCAUAUCAAUCACGGAUAUCGAGCUAUUCUGCGUGGCCCUGCCCGCUGCCAUUACAUGCCUGCGAGAUGCUAGCUGUUGCCUGGAUGCUGAACAGCCCAUCGAAGGGAGCAUCAACAGCUGCUUAGAUGCCGGACUGCAAGUUGAAAACGUAUGUGGCAAGCAGUUGGAGCUGGAUGAGACCUGCGACACAGCCAGUGCCACUGCAAGCUGUCUUGCGGGUGUCCCGGAGUCGAUGAACUCCAACGAAAGCUGCCUCGAGCUGGCGCGGGCACCCUUGUGUCUUUUCAGCAAAUCUUGCUGCCCACUCCUUGCCAACAUCGCGAAUCUGGAUGCGCACGUGAGCGCGUGCGCUUCGCUAGGGGUCCACUUCGAGAACCCGUGCCAAGAAGAGGAGCUUCCAAUCGCAAACGAGGGAGCGAUUUUCAGGGAGACCUGUCGAAGCCCGCGGGUGCCGGCUGACGACAGCGUCUCGGAGGAGGAGUAUGUCUGCAAGGAUGGAUCAUUCUCUCUGUUGGGGGCAUCCAACCUGACCUGUGUAGACCUUCCGUGCCACCUGAGUUCACACCCCGGCGGUGCAUACGACUGCGUGCUGGAUGGGCAGCCGGGCCCGCUUCCGCUCGUAGAAGAUGGGGAGGGAUAUCUCCUGGUGCCCUUCGGAGCCGCCUGCUCGCUUCGCUGCCAUGCCGACUAUCAGCAGCCAGUUCCGCCGGUGGAGUACCGAUGUGCGUAUGCCGAGAGUGCCUAUCCUGACAUCAUCUACUUAUCUGAGCUGGUGUCCUCCAGCGCGGUUCCGCAGAUGGUCGAGCGGAGCUUGUCCGGGAGUCUGCAACCUCUGGUGACGAGCCAGGUUUGCAUGGACAUCAACUGCACGUUGCCGACUUUGGAUGACAUUCUGCAGCCAAGUAUUCUAAAUAUCAAUUGCACAGGUAUCUCCUACAAUUCCACGUGUGCCCCCGUCUGUGCCACCGGCUAUGCGUCAGACGGCCACGAGCUGCGUUGUGCCGCGGAUGGCCAAUUCCAAGGCUUUCUCCACUGCCUUCCGUUGCCUUGCUCUGGAGAGCCACUCUGGACACCGGGAGAGCUGAAGGAUCCAGCCUGUGCAGGGCGACCGCACGGCGCUGUCUGCGACAUCCGCUGCUCCCCAGGUUACGAUCCGGACCCCGAGGCCACCCGGUACGUCUGCGAGGCUGGCGAGUGGCGCAUCGUGAAUGGCAAGUCCACGCCCUGCAUAGAGAAAUCAUGCCCGGAGGCGCCGCAGAUUCGGAAUGCACUGCCUUCCAGCCUGCUGACCUGCACCGACCAGCCUGGUGGGUUCGAGUGUCCCGUCGAAUGCAUUGAUGGAUACUCCUUCACCGGCAGUGUGACUUGCACCAUGGGAUCCUAUGUUGUGGAUGCCCUGGGGUGUGUGCGUGAUUCUGUUGCCACUAUGCCGACCACAGUGCUCGGUGCAGACCUUACCGUAGUCUCUGCGGCCACCAACAACAGCGACGACCAAAGCAUCGCGGUUGUAUCCAUGGGAUCGUCGCUCGUGCUCGACCCGACGGUUUCUCCGGAAGACUUGGGUUCGCACGUCGCCGUGGAUCUCUUGGCAACGAACCGCUCCUCACCGCUGAAUGCUACCCUGGCCGUUUGGAAUGCAGCAUUGAGCUCAGACCUCUUGCCCAGCGCAGCCAUCAAAGCGGCGGUGAGUGCAGGCCUAGCAGUUGGGGCGCCCGUGGCUGCAUUUUCCGCCUUGGCCGAGCUGGCGCUCAGUUCGCUCAACGUGAAUGAGAGCAUUGCCGGCAUCGCACAGGGUGUGCUGAUGUCUAGUGUCAACGACACGGCCAGGCUUACUAGGAUCCUAAGUGCAGCCUUAGAUGGUGUCUCCUCCACGGCCUUGAUGCAGUCCAUGUCCGAUUCUGUUGGAUCUCGGCGCUUGGCCACGGACACUCCGGCGUCCAGGAUGGGUGACACAGUGGCCGAGAUGGCCAAAAGCGUUGGGGGCCAGCUUCCAAGACAGGAGAUAUCAGUGGAGCUUUCUCGCAUCCAUGACGGGGCGCUCCUGGCCGGCAAAAGCCUGCUUUUUGCAGACACCGCUGUGGCUUAUGCGCAGAUGCGCUGGUUGGGGCUGCCACUGUCGCAGCUCUCCACAGCACGGCAGGGUCUGGCUGACAUCAUUCGCCAAACUGCCGAGAGUGCCUAUGCUGCAGGAAUGUCGAUUGCCAGCCGGUCAAGAAGCCUGCUGGAUCUGGCUGGGCAGAUGGGGAUCACCUUCGCGGAUUUGCAUCCAGAUCGGGGGGCGGCAGCGGCUCAUUCGUUGGGCCUGGAGUUCGGCCUCUCCCCCGUUGAGGCACUGCAGCUAGCCGCUGCCACGGCUUUUCACCUCCAUGUUGGCCGGUGUGCAGACACGGCUUUCCGCUGUCUGCCCUGGCGCCUCAUUGCCAUCCGGGACUCUGGCCGGUCCAUGGCCAACUUGCUGAGAUGGCGGUCGGGGCCGCACACAUUGGAGGCUGGACACAUGGCACUGCUGGCCGCAGCGGCCUCAGAAAGCUCACUGAGCCUGGAGGCCGAUUUGGAGGCCAAGCUGGCGGCAGCCGCCGGAGCCAUGUCCGUCUUCGGCCUGACAGAGCAAGAGAUGAGCCUUCACGCGUCAACACUUGGCGGUGCAGACGUCCCCAUCGACGUGGCACGUUCGGCCUGGAUGCUGGGCAUGUCUGAAAAGGCGGAUCGGGUUGUGCAGAUCUUGCAGGGCACCACAGAGACGGGUGCUGCCUUGGCCAUCCGUUUGGGCGAAGAGCUCAUGUCAGAAGUCUCUCCUUGGGAAGGGCGACUCGCCGUGGAGUGGGCCAUGCGCACUGGGGGCAACAGUGAGCGGAGCUCGCGCAGUGCGGCUGCGAUGUCUGCUGCUCUCCUUGCUGGUGCGACUGCCGGUGAUCUCCUCGGGGCCUUGAACUCUGCGAAUGUGGCGGGAGCCCUGGAGUAG